AUGAAUACAGGAUUAAUGAAAUGUACACAAAUAAACAGUGGAAAUGAUGCAGAAGAGUGUAUAUAUUCACAGUUUUUAGCAGAUAUUGAGGACAACGGAGCAAUAGUGGAGAGAACAGAUAGUGUGUUUUUUGAGGGAGAAAAAGGAGAUCCUGGAGUGAGAAGAGAUUUUUUGGAAAAAUAUGUUUAUGAGAUGAUGAAAGGUGUUUAG